AUGACCAAGGAAACAUCGGGUUUGACAUAUGACGAAGAGCUUACUAGGGUCAUGCGCAUCGGAUCCAUCAUGCACAACAAGAUGGUCAAUAAAGACCCUGCUUUCAAACCUGGCGCUUAUGAUCCCGCCUUGUCGCUGGGUGCAAGGGAGGUGAUCUGGGAGGAGGGAUACGACUACGGGAAUUUGCCAUCUCGCCUGGAUAUAAACGGGAGCGGUUCUGACGAGGCAUACCACACCGCUUGCUGUCUGCCUGAAGAGGAACCCGUGACUGGCACCCUGAAUCCGCGAAUGCUCGAAGAUCCUGCAUUUCAAGGGAACCCUACCGAUCCCAAACAUUACGGAUACACGGCCAAUGUAUCUUUCUUUCCUCGAAAUCACUUGUCCCCCGACGUCCUAAACCCACAAUCCCUUGUUCAUGAUCCGAUGGAGCGGGGGAGCGCUUCUCUCCCUACUGGCUAUUGUACUCAGGAUGGAAACCCCGACGCUUCCAAAACAGAUUCCAAUUCAACAACAAAUGCUGCUUCGAAGCCCAAGACGAAGUCGAAAAAAAGCUCAUCAUCAAAAACCAGGAAGGGGCCAGUCAAAUGCGAGUUCGCUGGUUGUGACCAGGUCUUCCUAAGGCCUACUGAACUUCAUAAACAUCAUCGCACGCAUGUUCCUCCGGUACCAUGUAAAGCAGGCUGCGGGAAAGUUUUCCAAUGGAACGAUGCCAUGUUUCGCCACGUCCGACUUGAACACAGGACAUUUGCGGACGACCCGAAUAAUGGAAUUCCUCCCGAUGGAGGAGAGUGCCCUUAUUCUGACUAUGACGAGACAUUCACUCGAGACGACAACCGCAAACGGCACAUUGAUAAGCAACAUCUUCAGAGAAGAUCGUGA